AGGGUUCAAAAUGCUAGUCGCCGCCUCGUUCCAUUCCUCUCUCCUCUGCCACUUUGUUGCCAAAAAUGGUGAUAUGGCAGAAGAAUUCAGCCUCCACCAGUCUUUGUAUGUAGAAGAAUUCAGCCUCCACCAGUCUUUGUAUGCCUAGAACGAGUAACAUUUAAUACUACUUCAUCGUUUUCCACCGUCUCUCUACCCAAACGAUGCCUAAACAAGUUCGAGAAUUGGAAGCACAGAGGCUCCAAGUCCAUUCUUGCUCCGGUUGCACAUCACAAAAGGUAUAUCCUAUGUUAACGGUGAAGAGUGGAUUUUGCAAAAGGAAAAUAGUGGUUCCUGAAUUAUCAAAAUGGAAGCUUGGUCAUGCACUAUAUCGUUGGCUAAAUCUAGCAAUCAAGAAUGGUUUAUUACCAAUCUUAGACAAGGCUUCAAAACAGAACAUUUCAGUAGACUUACAAGAUUUAAUGAUACGUUUUGGCACUGAUAACAUUUUUGGACUUGCUCUAGGGAAAAGUUUGAAUAUUCUCACCAUUGACCUUCAUGAUGAUAAUUCAAUUGCACUUGAAAUGGAUACAACUCAAUAUGAGUUUUCAAAAGAUUGUUCUACCCCAACUUCAUGUGGAAAUUUAUGA